AUUUUCCGAUCGACUCUGUAUUUUGUGUUGUCAAAGCGAUAUAAAGCUUUCGUGAUUGAAAGUAGGCUACUUACUGCGUAAGUUUUUGAUGAUGAAUUUUAACAUGAUGUAAGUGCCUACUCACCAAAAUGGCAUCGAGAGUAGCAAGAGGACAGCAUUAUCUAGGGGAAACAAAAAAGCAACUCCGAGAAGGUUAUGGCAUGUACAAAUACCCAAACUCAUAUUUCAAAUAUGAAGGAGAAUGGAAAGAAGGAAAGAAGCAUGGUCAUGGUAAAUUGAUGAUGGCCGAUGGAGGAUUCUAUGAGGGUGAGUUCAUCAAUGGAGAGAUAGAGGGCCACGGCUUUCGAAAGUGGGCUAUAUCGGGCAAUACGUACUCGGGCCAGUUUGAAAGCGGUGAGAUGAAUGGAUUCGGAGUGCUGACAUAUCCUGAUGGAACAGUUUAUGAAGGAGAAUUCCAGAACAAUAUGAAAGAAGGUCACGGUAUUCUGAAAUAUUCCGAUGGAGCUGUGUACGAAGGAUCCUUCCACAAGAACAAACGGCAUGGUGGUGGCUCACAAGUAUACGCGAAUGGUGACCAUUUUGUGGGUGAUUGGGUUUAUGACAAGAGACAGGGUAGUGGAGAACUGAGAUUGGCUGAUGGCUCUGUAUAUGAAGGCCAGUGGAGGAAUGAUAUUUUCAAUGGAGAAGGAACUCUGAUCCAUGUCUCAGGCAUGAUUUAUGAAGGCAUCUGGAUAAAUGGCAAACCUAAACAUGAAGCAAAGGAGAUGGUGAUUGUGGGCAAGACAUUGUUCGAGUUGACCCAAGGAACGCCCUUUGACAUCCAUGUCGAAAUCCGACAAGAGGACGGAGAGCUUGUUGAACUUGACAUGGGAAGAGAGUUGAAGAUUACAGCAGGGUUCAGACACUUCAUUCCAACAGAAGGGAUGCAACUCUUGGAUGUGAUAGAAGAUAUUGAGGAAACACCUCGACAAACUCCAUUAUUUGAUCUCCUAGGUCAAGAAAACAUUCUGUCUCCUGGGCAACAUGCAAAUGAGGAAAAUGCACUGGAAACACCUGUGCCGCCACCAGUAACCAAUCAGAGAACAAAUAAGGGAAGGGCAUCUUUUAAGUCUGUCAUUUUACCGGGCGCGCCACAAGGUUAUAGAGCUUUCCAAGUUCUUGAUGCUCUUCUGGAAGAGGAGGCCCGCAACAAAGCCCGAAAUCAGAAAACAGGUCGUUUGGCAGGCCAGCUUGGACUGGGGGCCAAACUUGGGAAGACUGCAGACGAAAUACCUGAUUCUCUGAUUGCUGGCAAACUGGAUCCCAAAACGCAACAGAUCAAACGAGAACGACGCUACGGAGAUGAAAGAUUUGCAAGGCCAGGUGAUUAUGUAAUCAUGAUAGAAGAUGUCACAAUGCCACCGUUUUUAGAUGUCCGUCUUGAACCCGUCUUUAUCCUAGUCAAAGUUAGUCACCAGAAGAAGUUAAAGAAAGCCAAAUCCCCGAAAAAUUCAAGAAAAGGGACGUCAGAAAAAGAUUAGAACUCACAAAAACUCACAAAUAUAUAUAUUUGUUUGUACAAUAAUAAUUAUAGUACAGUAAUGAACAAAGACUUAAAUUAUUGAAAUAUUGUGCCUGUUAUCAAUGUAUCUUUAGGAAAAGUAAAACCUCAAAAAAAUAGUCAGACUCUCAAAAAGAAGCCUAUGCUAUCUUGAAAAGAAGCACAUGGGCUUCUUCUCGAGAUGGGCUCCUUUUCGAGGCUAAUUUUGCAAAAUAAAGAUUGGGGGGGGGGGGCUUCAAUUCGAGAUGGGCUUCAUCUCGAAAUUAACCCCACUGGGCUUCAAUUCGAGGUUUUACGGUAUUUGCAUUUUUGUCAAUGGUGGAUUUUGAAAAACGCUCUAUGAAUCAUACAAUAAUGAAGUUAUUUCGGAAAAUGUAUUUAUUGUUCCUAUUACUCUUAUUACGUCUGGAUAUAUCAACAAUACCCUUUUUCAGAAGUAUGUAUUUUUUACAAAGACGUACCAACUUACGAGCGAUUUUGAGGGACGAUCUGUAGGCGAGAGUGUUGGUUCUCGUAAUAACUAUUCAUUAUUUUUGUGGUGUUUUAUUGAAGCGUGACGUGUGCAAACAUGUAUUAAAUCAAUAAACGAGAUUUAGAAAGUUUAUUGAAAAGUUUUGAAUUUGAGGACAAUUAGUAUUUUCUAUAUUUUUCUAUUUGGCAAGACACCUUUGAAUAUGUUAUAUUAUGAAUCCUGUGUGAUUUAAUGCAAGAAUGUGUUAUUAAAACGACGGCGUCUGUUUACCUUUGAUAAAAUAAUGGCUAUUAAGUAAUUAAAUCAUUUGUUUUCUUUUGUUUGUGUGCAUGUGUGUGGCAUUAUACGUCUAAUGCCGUUGAAAUGCAUUUAAAAAUGUUUUAAUCACGUAAUUCAAUAGUUUACCAAUACCCUAAUUAGAAAUGUACAGAUUUUUAUGUUGCAGCGAAUUGAUUUUUGCAAUGUUGAGUGUACCACCGUACUGUAUAAUGUUAUUAAUGAUUUUAGAAUAUUCUCAAGGGUUUGGUAUUCUAAAUAUGAGAUUUAGAAUAAAGUAGCUCAAAAUUUUAAUUCAAAAAA